AUAGCGGUCAAGUAUCUUGUUCAGGUACAAAGGUUCGCCAAGUGUAACCUUAAUUCUCGCCGGCUCCCGUUGCUGAGAUUUCUCGCACAAUCGACACAUAUUGACUUUAAAGAUGGCUACCCCUUUGAAGUACAGCUUAUUUCUCGUGGAAGUCCUCGUUCUAGCUGUGAUUCGGAGCUCCUCAUCUACGACAACAGAGGUCACGCCAGCAACGGUGACAGCUACAGCUAUCCCCGGCCUCGGUGACAGGUGCACGACGGAGUGCAGUCCCCCCGACAUGGUGGAGUGUGUGAACCAUGUGUGUCAGUGUAUACCUCCCCUCAAUAGUACUGGCAAAUACUGUGUCACCGAUCCGGGUGAGGUUGGGGAUUUCAGCUUCACCAAUGUGACGAACUCCUCUGUGAGCCUUUCUUGGGAUCGGCCCACGACACCGGGUGUUAUACAGUAUUAUGAUAUAGUUUUCAAUGCUAAUGGAGUGUGUUCGCAAGAGGUUUUGCUCACCUGCACGGAGACUGCCCAAAUGUCGGGAUCAUGCCAAUUUGUCUUCACUACUUCACUACCCAGUUGUUACGGCAACAUCUCUUUUGACGUUUCCUCGCUGCAACCUUACACAAACUACACCAUUAGCAUCGCUGCCAGAAAUGAGUUAUAUGAUGGAACAAAUUCAACGUUAACCAUUGAAACGGAUAUAUCAGCCCCUUUACAACCAAGCAACGUCGUAGCAACCGUUCUGAACGCCACCGCCAUCCAUGUGUCCUGGUCACAACCGUCACACGAUAACGGCCCCACCUGGUACAACGUCACCGUGUUGGAGGCCACGGGGAGACGCUCGUCAAACUUCACCCUCAAGACAACAGUACAAGUUGAUGGGUUCAAUACAACGUCAUGUGAGGUACCAGGUCUCCUAAGUUCGUGGGAGUACAAGUUCACGGUGACGGCAUACACUCCCGCAGGCUCUGCGCAGGCUCCAAACACGUCAGGUGUCGUAAUGACGUUUCCAGCAGAGCCUGGUCCAGUGGAGAACCUGACUGCCUCUGCUCUCCCCGAGCCCUACUUUGGAAUGAUAUUAACGUGGGAUUGUCCCGAGGAGAAACAGAGGAAUGGCCGCAUAAUGAACUACACCAUCCACUACAAGGGCGGUGUAUCAAAAGUGGAGCAUUACGGGAGAUACACACCAGAGGAUCCAUGCACGGACACGAAGUCAGUGUUGGUGCCGAUGGCGCCCGUUAUCAACUAUACGUUUACCGUUUUUGCAAAUGCAGAAUUUACAGGGAAAAAGACGUCUAUUAUUUCAAGAAUGGAUCCUAAUAGUAUGGUGUUUGUGCUGCCGGCAAGGGCCAAAGACAUUCAGUCCUCCAAAAGUGUGCUCAUCGUCUCAGCCGUGUGUGGUACCGUGAUAGUCGUCCUCCUUGCUGUCCUGAUAUUGUUGGUUAUAUACACCCGCAUCCUUCCCUCUAGAAGAACAAACGAUACUAAAAGAGACAAGCGUGACGCUACCGGAAUAUCAAAUCGUUCCUAUCGCAGUUUAAAUGAUGACCAGAUGGGGGACAAGCCGUACAUGAGAUAAUGAGAGUGUCAAACAUGACCAGAGAGAGGACAUGUCACGACGUUUCAUGACCACAGUUACUUUGGUCACAGACAUUUAAUUCAAUAUCCACACACAACUAAAUCGACUCCGCUAUCUUUUUCAAAUAAUUCUGAAACAAGAGCAUUCAACAGAUGCAAGCAUAAUGCUAUCCACAUGUUAGCAUGGGUAUAACUGCACGAACAAUUAGUUCACCCUUUCAGAUUUAACAUUAUUUCUUCAGCCGCAUCCUUCCCUCUAGAAGAACAUACGAUACCAAAAAAGACAAGCGUGACUUCAACGGAAUAUCAAAUCGUUCCUACCACAGUUUCAAUGAUUAACAUAUGGGGGAGACGCCAUACAAGAGAUGAAGAGGACAGUGUCAAACAGGACCAGAGAGAGGACAUUUCACGACAUUUCAUUCGUAGUGUGAAAAAGUUACCCAUGUUUAGCAACAUUAGGUCUCUGUUGUCUUCAGAACCACGCCACUGGGUGAUGCAGUGAUUCCCUGAGAGUUCAUCAGGGUAUGCGUGGAACACGAUAGAUAACUAAAGAUAAAUAUAUAUUGUUUUAUGGACCUCAGUAAGUAAAGAAGCUAAUUAUCUUCUUAUCCGUUUGUGUUUUAUGUGAUGCCGAUAACUAAUAAUCAAAUAUCAAUUGUACAAUUGAAGAAACGUCUGCAUGGUCUAGAGUGACCACACAAAGGAAAUGUAUCUCUAAUAACAUAUGAAACUGCACAAUAAAAUGUUUUAUUGAUA